AUGUGGAUCCGGCCCAACACGGACGACUCCAAGAAGAAGAAGUUUAAGGACUCCAUCGACAAACUUUUGGCCAUGCUCGAGAUGUGCGACAAAAUCGGAGCCGAAAUGCUGCCUGCUGAGGUCAUGCAGGACGUGUACGUCGUUCCUCUUUUGUCCUGGUGGAGCUGCACGUUUUGUGAGGGCGAUCCACGCCCAGACGAUGUGCGAUACGACUCCUUUUGUAAGUGGCCCAUGGGUGAGGAAGGAGCACACAAGUACUUUCUGCAGUGGAACGACUAUUUCGUGCGCCGCAUCAAGAAGCAGCAGGAAGCCAGGGGCCGCAAGGGAGAUGUCAUCACCUUCAGCCACUUUCUGCCGACCUCGGACUUGCCCUGCGGCGGUGCUCCUGUCAAGGCCAGCGGCUGCCUCCAGCUGGAGGAGCAGAUCCAGGCCGUGGGAGCGCCGAUCCACAUCUUCGGCCACACGCAUAUGAACAUUGCCUAUGCGACGCGCGGUGUGCGAUACCAGCAGCUGAGCCUCAUGGGCCCGGAGUACGGACUGUGCGAGCGCCAGACUUUCCUCAAGCUCCACGACAAAACCUUGGCAGUGACUCUCGGCGGCCUUGUGAGUCAGGAGUGUUACAUUUCGAAGGCACAAGCUGGGGCUGAAUCUGGGAUCUAG